AUGGAUCUUGUGGCCAGGGCAGUGGGCAGCAUCGUCACCAAGCUCGGCGAGCUCCUGCACGGGGAGUACAAGCUGCAGAAGGGCCUUCCGGAGCAAAUCGAGUAUCUGAAAAAUGAGCUCGAGAGUGCGCACACGGCUCUCUGCAAGGUGGGCGAGACGCCGCCAGAGCAUCUGGAUCGACAGGUCCGGCUGUGGGCUGGCGACGUCAGAGAGGCGUCCUACGACAUGGAGGACAUCCUCGACGCCUUCCUCAUCGAUGUCGUGGAGGGGGCCGCCCCUGCUGAGACUAAAAGCAAGAAAGGCUUGCUUAAACGUUUCAAGAAGAAGAUGGCCAGGCUGUUGAAGAAGAGCAAGGCGCGCCACGACAUCGCCGGCACGAUCGAGGACAUGAAGAAACGACUCCAGGAGGUGUUGGGCCGCCGCGACAGGUACUCCAUAUCCAUUGCGGUGCCUGCGCCGGCCACCAAACUGGAUCCUCGCCUUGUGGACAUGAACAAAGAGGCAGCACAGAUUAUCGGCAUCGAGAGGACGAGGGCAGAGCUCAUAGACAUGCUUCAGUCAUCGACCCACGGCCACGGAGAUGCUGGCGCCUCCAGCAGCAGCAACCGGACCAAGAUAGUUUCUGUGGUCGGAGCUGGUGGUCUGGGCAAGACCACUCUUGCCAAGGCGGUUUACAACAAGCUGAGUACGGUAUAUGAUUGUCGAGCCUUUGUUUCGGUUGGCCGCAAUCCUGACCUGGUGCAAGUCUUCACCAGCAUCUUCCUCCUUCUCGACGAAGAAAGGUACAAGGCCAUUCGUGAUGUAAACGACCUACAACUGCUCAUUGGCGAACUCCAAAAAUUCCUUGUAAACAAGAGGCAAUUUAUAUUUGAUAAUACAAAUUUGAAGAAGUUUCAACGGGGACAUUGUAAAUCUUGGAAGUACAAAGUUAUAAGGUUCUUCAUCGUUAUUGACGACGUAUGGGACAUAAAUUCUUGGCAAGCAUUAGGAUCAGCUUUGCAUCAGAACAAUAACGGAAGUAGAGUAGUCAAAACUACUCGAAAUCUAGAAGUAGCCUGUGGCGAUGAAGUUUACCAGCUUGGUUCUCUUUCACAUGAUAACUCAAAGAAGCUAUUUUAUAUGAGGCUAUUUGGUGGUGAAGACAACUGUCCUGCUCAUCAUCCUGAAGAGGCAUCUAAAAAGAUUCUACACAAAUGUGGUGGUGUGCCAUUAGCUAUCAUCACAAUGGCUAGCUUGUUGGUGGGCAAAUCAAGAAACGAUUGGUUUGAGGUGUGCAACUCUCCUGGUUUCUAUGGUGGCAGAGACAAUAGGCAGGCAGAUGAUACUGAGUGGAUAUUGUCCCUUAGCUACUAUGAUCUGCCUUCUCAUCUAAAGACCUGCUUAUUGUACCUAAGUGUGUAUCCCGAAGACUAUGAGAUUGAGAAAGAUUCUUUGAUAUGGAAGUGGGUAGCUGAAGGUUUUAUAGAGAAGAAAACAGGAAAAAGCUUGUUUCAGCGGGGAGAGGAAUACUUCCAUCAGCUCAUAAACAGGAGCAUGAUCCAAGGCGUGGAGUCAAUUGAGGAUGGCAUCAUACAUGGCUGUCGUGUUCAUGACAUGGUCCUUGAUCUUAUUCGUGGUCAGGCAGGCGAAGAAAACUUCAUGACUAUCUCAAAUGAGGAUGGAGGAACAUCAUCGCGACACAAGGUGCGCCGGUUAGCUCACCAGAACAGGAUACUACUGUUGGGUCAAUCUCAUCCUGACAGUCAUAGGGACACGACACAACUGAGGUCAUUGGUUGCCCAUGGGUGUGAUAUCCAUGGUUGGGUCUUGUCUCCGAGCUUUAAACUCUUACGCGUGCUAGCUUUAGAGAGGUGCACAUCAUCUGAUAAUUUUGAGUAUGACAGGCAUGGGCUUGAGCAUCUUGGAAACCUAGUUCAUUUGAGGUACCUAGGGCUACGAGGUACAAAGGUCAGAGAGCUCCCGGAGGCGAUAGGGGCUCUAAAGCUUCUACAGACACUGGACACGCAGCACACUGGACUAGAUCAGCUACCAUGGAGCGUUAGCCUGCUAACGAGGUUGGUCUGCCUACGAUGUGACAGCAAAUGGACGACAGCGCCGGAUGGGUUCCUCCAGAAGGUGACGUCACUGGAGGAGCUACAGAUAAGUGUUCGCAUGCUAUCUUUUGAGUCCCAAAGGCAAUUUUUGAAGGAGUUGGGCAACCAGAGCCAACUGAGGGUGCUCCGGGUGAUUGGUAUGGGCAGGCUGGAUGAGAGCAUGCAGGCAGAACUUUUGAAGUCACUAGGCAAUCUGCAGGAGCUCCAGCAUCUGGAUCUGGAUUGUUUAUGGAUUCGUGAAACUAGCCCUGUCUCAAUGGAGUGGGACAAAGCCAUGCUUCCGGAACAUCUCAGGCGUCUCUGUAUACAUUGUAUCUCGUUCCCUUGUGUGCCAUCAUUCAUAGAUCCCACGCUUCUCCUCAACCUUUGCUACUUGGAGUUGCAUGUGGAUCAUAUGGACGAGGCAGGUCUGAGAACCUUGGGUGGGCUGCCAGAUCUCCGUUACCUCUGUAUUGCACCUGCAGAUUACGGGACGGCUUCUCAUGAGCAGUCUAUGGUAAUUAAUAUUGCUUCCCAUGAUGUCUUCUUCCACAAGUUGAGAACCCUCAUAUUGUUUGGAUGGAUGGUCCAGUUGGCGACCAACGGUGACUCGACUAGUGCUUCGUUGAGCAUCUGCAGGGGAGGACAGGAUGCUGCUAUGGUAUUUGAUUCCAAUUCCAAAGCAGAGGACGGGGGCAGCAGUAGCAGAGUAGCACCGGGCCCUGUUGCUGUGAUGCCAAAUCUCCACGGGCUUGUGUUCACUGUCCCAGUCAGGGCUUUCUACGAGGAUGGACACGCUACCUGUGACAAUAAUCUCGGCUUGGACUUGGAGUGCCUCCCUUCGCUACGCUAUGUCUGGGCACGUCUCGACAGUAAGGGUGCCUUCCCUGAUGACGUGAACAAGGCAGACGCUGAGCUCAGGCGCAUAGUACAACUCCAUCCCAAUAGUUCUGCACUCAGAUUCGACGUAUGUGUGGUUAAUGAUGAAGAUAUGAUGGCACGACCAAUACACAACGACGGUGAAGAGGCAGAGGACAAGGAUGAGGUGACUGACGAGGAUGUCUCAGAAGCCUCAUUGUACGAUACAGCAGAGGAGGAUGAGAUGACAGAGGAGGAGGUCUCAGCAGCUUCACUAUCUGGCAGAGAAGAGGAGAAGAAGAGAAGGAGGAGGCCUUGGCAAUCUCCCUAUCCGACAGAAAAGAGGAGGAUGAGCACCCCGGCGUACAUGGUGCACCGCCCUCUCCGUCCGGAGCAGCUGAGCAAGUCGCUGGCCGAGUACAACUACGCCACCACGGAGGCCAAUGUCGAUGUACUCAAGUUCAUCCAGAUUGGUCUCACCUUCUCCGACGAGCAGGCAACACAGCCAAUGAUUGAGCCGGACGACAGACGCCGCCCCUGCGCCUGGCAGUUCAACUUCCGAGGGUCGAGGGACCGACGUCGCGGAUGCGGACCACAUCGAGCUGCUCCGCCACAGUGGGAUCGACUUCACCCGCCACGCCACAGAGGGAGUCGAUCCAGGACGCUUUGCCGAGCUGCUGAUGUCGUCCUCAAUAUGGACCUCUACUGGGUGACGUUCGAUGGUCGCAACGGUGUGGGUUACCUGCACAAGUUGGUCGCCAACGGAAAGCCUGCCUGA